AUGGGUGCCACUAUCUACUAUGCUGUCAUUAGCACAGCACUUCUGUUUUCUAUGGCUCAGGCACUUAAUUUAUCAAUUCCCUUCGUCAGAACGAAUAGUGUGGAGAACUUGAUUGCCGAUCUUCAGAGUCUACAGAGGGAUCUAAAUAUGUGGUCUGAUAUUAUUCCCAGUGCAGAUGAAUCUUACAAUCAUGUGCAGGAAGUGAUAGAAGCCGCAGCUUAUGAAAGCAACGGAAUCUUUGGUGGGAAUUCUAUUCCUUCCGAUGACCUCGUAGGCGCGGCCGAGUAUAUAUAUAAUACUCUAGCUGCUUUCGAAAUCCCAACGGGCAAGAAAGAUCCGUCGGAGUUCAAUUAUCUAGCUCACGACCCUUUUUACGGCAUUGACUUGAGCGCUGUUUUUGACUACAUUAGAGACUGGAAACCAUCUGAUGAAAAUCCGUUCCCGCCUCCUGAUCCGAGGCUCAACACCCCGGAAUUGCGUGCAAUGAUUGCAGAAGUUAAAGAACGAGAAAAAGCCGAAGAGUAUUAUCGCCGUCAAAAGCAUGAACAAAGCAUGCAGGACCUCCUCGACCAGUAUUACAGCCUGUACCCGGAUCAAAUGCAAAAUAACCAGGUCGACAACAAUGGCUAUGAUGAUGGGACAACUGGCAUAUAUGACUUCCAGGAUAUGUUCUCGGCGGCAUUAACUGGAGGACCAAGUAUUCUAGACCACAACGUAGGACCAUUAGAUUUCGCCUACCAACCCUAUAAUAGCCCUUCCGGACCUAUGGAAGAGGAAAUAGACGAUUCAAUAACCACUUCUGCGCCAUUAAAUUCAAAUACGGCCCCGAACAGUCAAUUUAACACAGCAUUCAAUGGGCCGUUCGAUAUGAUGCGGAGUAAUCAGAUGAAUGCAUUCAAUGGGCCAUUUGAUAUGAUGCAGGGUAGUCAGGCGAACGCAUUUAACUGGCCACUGGAUACCGUGUCUAUCCCGCAGGUCAAUGCUGUGUCCAAUACACCCAUUGAUACGGCAUACAAAAGCCUGGGUCAAUUUGAUCGUGUCGAUAUCGCAUCGACUGGAGGAGCAAACACCCAGGCAGACACUGGCCCGGCCCAUACGACAUCUACCGGCUCCUUGGGUGCGCUAGCGCGUGGGAUACCAGCCGGUGGAACUCCGUGGUCAUCAUUCGACUCUAAUGCUCCACCGCCAACCCAACCGUUCAAAGCACGCCAAGAUAGAAAUGCGGUUAGGAGGAAUAGGAAGGCAGCUUUGGCUGCUGGAGUUAAUCCUAAUUACGAGUCUACUAAUGCUGAUGUAGAGAGUCGAAGGAUAAGGACUUUGAAAAAAGAUGACGGGACCCAGACCCAGGCGCAAGGAGGUAAUCCGCAGGAUAAUAUGAACUCGAACUCGAAGCGACGAUUACAACUUAACUUUAAGGCAUAA